AUGUAUCUGGACACAGCAGCAGAGAUGUGGAUUGUGCUCAACAACCGAUUCAAUCAAGGUAAUGGCCCUAGAAUCUUUGAACUAAAUGAAUCUCUUCUUUAUCUUCAUCAAGGUGAUGAAUCUGUUAGUGCCUACUUCACUAAACUCGCGACUAUAUGGGAUGAGAUUAAUCAACUCAGACCAAGAAUACCAUGUGUUUGUGCUGCUGCUGCCCAAAACCAAGAUCACAUAAAUCAUGAUCAAGUCUUGCAAUUUCUUAAAGGCCUGCAUGAGUCUUAUCAUGCCAUUCGAGACCAAAUUUUGCUUAUUGAUCCAUGCCGAUCAUUGAACAAAGUCAAUUCCAUGGUGACCCACCAAAAAAGACAAAGAACUUUGGGUAAUCGCAACAUUCCCCCCAUUGUUGCUGCUGCAGCCACAACAUCCACACUCAGCAUUGAUCCUGCUGCAAAUCAAACAUCCAAGAACAAAAGGCCUCGUCCUCAUUGUACCCAUUGCCAAAAGCCAGCGCAUUACAAGGACAAAUGCUAUUUCCUCCAUAGUUUUCUACCUGGAUAUGGAAAACCAAGAACAUCUGACUCCACCAAUCAAAUUCACAAAAAAACAAGAUUCUGGUUCCACAUCUCGUCCCCAACCUCACCAAGUUUCAACAACAGAUUCCCAGUUGACACAAGCACAAUGUCAGCAACUAAUUUCAAUGCUGACCCAACAGUUGCAACCUACUACUGA